GAAGAAGCGGAGAGGUCAACUGCCGCGACCAAAACAAAUAUGGCGGCCACAGUAACGACGUUAAAGCAUAUCGAAGCUUUUUUCUGUGUUUUUCUCCGUUUCUGUUGAUUUAUACUGCUCUUUUUACGGAUGACUUAUUUUGUAAACCGAGCGUUUAACUAGUGAAAUGUUUCUGGACCAUGUUGUGAACGCAGAGCCAAAACGAAACCAAGAAAAACAAACGGAAGUGUCCGCCUCUCGUUUGAAUCUAAACAUCCGCCACUGUAACGCGUGUGUUUACUAUGUUAGCUCGUCGUUUCAACCGAACAAAUAGGAGUAACAAAGUAAUUGUAUCUUCAUUUUAACGAAACAAGGAAUGGUGUGUUGUUUCGCCUGACACAAAGUUCACGCUAACAAGAUGUAACGUCUGAGUAUUUCGCCCUGAACAAAUAAACACGACAUGGACUUUGCCGUGGAGACCACCUGAGAGCACCGGUAGGUAGCUAAACUCAGAAUUAAUGAUACAUUACCAUGGGUUUGGUGGACUUUAUCAUCUCCACUGUUGGAAAAUGCCUGGAAGCAGUCUGUUUACUGCUGGACCUGAAUUUUCUCAUCGUCCACACCGUCGUACGGACUAUCCUGGCGGUUAUCACCUUUAUAACCAACCUGCCCACCCUCCUUCUCAACUCAGUGGUGGAGCUGGGACACUUCACCGUGUUUUGCUUGAUGUCCAUGGCAGAGUCUACGUUAAACGUAGCCCACGGCACUGUCACCAUGCUAGGGAGCCUGGGGCUGGCUCUGGAGGGGCUGCUGGAGAGCCUGAAGAUGGUGGGUUACCUGUCCAUGCACGUCCUGCUUCGUGGGAAGGAGCAGCUGUGUCGAGGUCUGCUGUCGGUGCUGGAGGGCUGUGGCAUAGCUGUCAGCCUGGUGGUGUAUUUCACCAACACUGUGGUCAACUUUGCACUCAUUGCCACCCAGAACGUUUACUCUGUGUUGGUCAGUGUGUGGCAGACGGUCUCCAGCCCGCUGCAGAAGGUACUGGAGUUCACGCUGACCUCCUUCACCUUUCUGUACAGCAGCCUGGUUGGGACUACGGCUUUCCUGUGGUCACCGUGUAAACUGGUGUUGGACUUUCUGGUCUCGCUGGUUCACAUGUUUAUCAGCAUCUUCAUAUUGAACAUCUAUGGUCUCCUGCUCACUGUUACUAUCGCUCUAACUACCACAGCCUACCUGAAUCCAGAGCUGACCCGACAGGCUGCUGUGCGAAUUGUGGAUUACAUCAACUCUUUUCCGGCCUUGCGAAGACUUUAUCUGGCUCGCCACCGCCUCACUUCAGCCUUGCAGAGCACCCAACAUUUUGUACGUGGUGCCGUGCAGCGCCUGCAAAGAAUACUCCAUCACCUCUACCGGCUAGAGAGAGGACUUUGGCAGCAGCUGUCUCGACUCAGCAGCCAGCUAGGUCUGGCACUGAGGACACAGCUCAACAGGGACAACAACAACAGAGUGCGCGGCGAUGGCGACCCCGGAGAGGAGAGGCGGGACCCCCCAGAUGGAAGAGCAGGAGAUGGAGCCCACCAGGAACUGUUGGAUUUAGUUUUGCCCUCAUCAAGCACAGACAGACCCCUUAAGAAGCAGUUGUCUUCAGGCAAAGACGGUAAACCUCUGCCUGCUGAGAAUCUGCUGACUCUGCUGAAGGAGCAGGAGGACAGAAAGAAGUGUGUGAUCUGUCAGGACUGUACCAAGACGGUGGUGCUGCUGCCAUGCAGGCACCUCUGCUUGUGUAGAGACUGUACGAACAUCGUGUUGAGGCAACCCAUAUACCAACAGAACUGCCCGCUCUGCAGGCACAUGAUUCUCAACACUAUGGACGUGUAUCUAUGAGGCAACCAACGGAAGUGGAUCUGUAGACGUCUGAUCGUCUGGAACAGCCUUUCAAUAUCUAAACUUACCACCACUGCAAGUAUGACUUGUGUGUUUACUAGGUUGUGUUAAAGGAUAAGUCUGGUAUUUUUUUGCAGUCAACAAUCCUCAUGAUAAGACCAAAAGUAACAACAUGUUAGCCUGUCUCUUGACACUUUCCUGCUUCUCUACCCUGAGGGUGGCACUCCCUAAGCCUAUUCAUUUUCACAGAAGAUUUCAAUCUUAAAAAGCAGCUCACAAAGGUCACUCUGAAAAAUGUUCUCAACCUCAAAUAGUACAAACCGAUGUAAAUGUUUAGACUACACAGACGAUACUUGUUAGUAAGUUUAAUUCAUUGUUGGUUCUGGGUUUAUUGAAAAACAGAAUAUCAUCAAAGUUUUAGGAAACGGAUGCUAAGAAAACACAUACUGUGUCCCACUUCCAGACAACAUACAUGUAUACAUGCAGUAUGUACUAUAUACUAAUCUUUAUAGUAUACUGAUUUUGCAGUUUGUAUAUACAAAAUCAACAUAAAUAUAUAUAGCAUACUUGCACCGUCGGAUGUCAAUCAAACUACAACAUUAAAAUGGCACUACGGUUUCAUCACCUGUGAGCCGCUCCUGCAUGUGUUUUGUGCAUUGCAUUGUGGGUCCAUCAACAGUACAGAGCACUCAAAAAGCAAGGGUUUUUUGUUGUUGUGUGUUUUACCUGAUGUUGUUCCUUUUCCAGUGUGAGCUCACGACACUCAAAUCCUGCAUAGAGUUAGUGUGUAGUAUGGAUUUUGGGACACACCUGUUUAGAUAUUCCAGUAUUGCCAAUUUGAGUCUCAGGUCUCGUAGCCAUGUUAGCCGAUCAGUGCCCUCCCUGAUGCUGAAAUGUUUCUCACCGCUCAUGUCUUAAAAUGUUGCGCUUUCAGUGGGCCAAGCUGUGACAAAGAUACAAGUAACACUGUGCUUUAUUGCAUGAGUAUACAAAUGAUUUCACACAUGCUGUAUGUACGAACGCUGUAUGUGUGACAGUGUAUUCGAAGCAACACCAUAACCGUUUUGUUCUGUUGCAAAAAGCUUUUAUCAUAUAAAUAUACUUCUGUAAACGAUGACCACUUCUCACAGAGCCAUGUAAAGAUGCUGUUCUGUGUUUAGGGAAGGAGAUUUGAUAAAAUACAGCUUUAUUCCAUUUCUUUUGUUCUAUUGAUAGGGUUUAUAUGCUUAUUCCAGUCUUCCACCUGAGGCACAUUACAGUUGCAAACACUCAUAAUCCAUAAAAGGUUUUCCCUUUCCUUUUGUUAUUGUAAUAAAAUACAGCUUUCUGUUGUAUAAAAGGAACAUAAACUAAUAAGGCUUUACAAUUUCAUUUGCUCUUGUUUUCUCAUUUGUUACCGUUGAAGCUGAGGUGUUCAUCGAUUGGUGUUUACAGGGUGAUAGUUGUGACCCCACUAAAUGUGUUAUAAUAGAUGGUGGGGGGUGUGGAGUCAGAUCUUUCAUGUUUAUUUUUCUUUAAAUAAUUUGUAAGAUUUGAAGAUUUUGCAAUGUUUUUGGAGCCAUGUUAUACCAAUUACUGACAUUAAUUAUGUCCCUUACUAUGUAAACAGAUAUCAUUAAUGAAAGUGGUCUGAAUGUUAGUUUUUGAUAAGGUUGUAAAUGACUUCUAGAGACCAGACUGUAGUUAUUAUAGACUGCCCCUCUAAGGUAUUCCUAAACGGUAAUGGCAUUCCUAACCUAAGAUUGCAGUGGAUGUAAAACAGCUGAUAUGAGCAUCAUCUGCUGUGUGAGACGAUGUGGUUUGAAGACAUGAAUGUAACGUGUGUGUUUUAAAAAGAAUACUGUGGCUGCCACAUAACUGGCAAGUCUUCUGUUUGUAAUAAAACCACAAUGACUAAAAAC